CGGCGGUCUGGAGUUCCCGGCGACCCUCGCGGCAGCGGCAGACUGAGGGCGUCAGGGCACUUCGUGAUGGCCGCGGCUGGUUCCGCUGCUGUGUCAGGGGCCGGGACCCCAGUGGCGGGGCCCACAGGCCGCGACCUCUUUGCCGAGGGGCUCCUGGAGUUCCUGCGACCCGCAGUGCAGCAGCUCGACUCUCACGUGCACGCGGUCAGAGAAAGCCAAGUAGAGCUCCGGGAACAAAUUGACAACCUAGCUACAGAACUGUGCCGGAUCAAUGAGGAUCAGAAGGUGGCCCUGGAUCUGGACCCCUAUGUUAAGAAGCUGCUUAAUGCUAGGCGACGAGUUGUCUUGGUCAACAAUAUUUUACAGAAUGCACAGGAACGACUAAGGCGGUUAAACCACAGCGUGGCCAAGGAAACAGCUCGCAGGAGAGCUAUGCUGGAUUCAGGAGUUUACCCUCCUGGUUCUCCAAGCAAAUAAGCACGGGCCCGUGACCUGAGUAUACAAUUCUCCAACGGCUUGUCUGGUAGACAUGAGAAGAUUCCAGGAAAGUCUCUGUAGACCUUUGAUUUUUUUGCACUAUGUACUCAUUCAUGUAGCAGCCUCAAGAAACAUACAUACAGCAGGACUAUUUCCUAAAGAGCCUCCAUUACAGCUUGUCCAUCCAAGAGUGAGCCUCUACCUUUUGGGUUUUGUUAAUCUUGAGACAAGAUCUCAAUAUGUAGUCCCCGCUGGCCUCAAACACAUCCUCUUGCCUUAGCCUCCUGAAUGCUGGGAUUAUAAUGGGCAUGUGUCAGGGUGCCGGGCUCAAGCCUCUAUAUAUUUCCCCCAGAGAAUAUUAAGUAAAUUAGGCAUCGUGUGGUAGAAAAUUGAGAAAACACCAGAGAUUUAGUGAGAAAGUGUACUCCUAUUUCUCCCUCUGCUUCACCUCAGUUCCUCUCAGAAGGUAUAACCCUCCCAGGAUCAUCUUACACACGUUUAAUGUUAGGGUUAACCCCUAUUAACAAGUAACACAGCUGUUCCCUUCAUUGCUACCCAAGGAGAGCAUGCCAAGUAGCAUGAGGAUCCAAGGUCAAAGCAGAGCCUUGACAGCUAAGAGUCCUAAGCUUUUGUGAUUUUUUGUUUAGACUACAUAUUUUAAGGGCUAGAGGGAUGGAACACUGGUGAUUCUUCCAGAUGGCGUCCAGUGCUUAGCACCCACAUGGUGACUCACAGCAGUCUCUAACUCCAGCUCCAGGGGAAUCCAAUGCCCUUGUCUGGCCUUUUGGGGCCCAGCACACACACACACAUGAUGCAGAUAUAUAUGCAGGCAAAACAACCAUCCUCAUAAAAUGAAAUUUUAAAGUUACAUAUUUAAGCGCCAUCCUUUCCAGGCUUAGCCAGCCAGUGUUAACCAUACUGUUAUUCCUAUUACUUGGGCCUGGGCAGUUUCCUUUACCUGUAACUUCACUUUGUUUACAACUGAGGACUUAGGUAAAGUCAAGGUAAAUAAUUUAUCCUCUUGGCCACCCUAGCUUGACUAUGUUAAUAUUAAGUAUUGCUCAACAUUAUUAAAUAAAUGCUUGUACUGGUUAUUUUAA